UGAAGCAAGUCUGUUUGUAUUUUAGGUUUGCCAGGACUAAUGAAUUAAAAAUCUUGGGCUCGCCACAGUUUGCUGCUUAAUAAUGCCUGUGACAGAAGGAUUUUUUCCUCCCUGAAGCAUGACAGCAUCAUAAUACCUCGUCACUGGCAAGGAGAGGAAGGAAAAGCGGAAUUGUGGAGAAAAGCGGAAAAGGGUGAUCUUUUGGGACAGCAAAGCCUAUGGGAAGUGCAGGUAGCAGCAUGUUGCCCUGACAGCUGUCUCAGCUUCUCAGACCUUGUCAGUUUGUUGCUAUGCAGCAGGUGCAGCCUUUUCUUUUAUUGAAGCUUUACUCCAUAAACGCAACGACAAGCCAAGGCAGUGGCUGGCCCUGGAUUAUACAAGUGCAGACACUCCGCUAAGUGAGACAGGGUUUCAUCUCACUGAAACCACUUUUUGGAAUUGGUGGUCUCAGAAGAAAGACCGAGGACUGAGUAAGGUCCCAAUCCGGGAGUCAAACCCAUGCAGACAGACCCCUACACGUGCACAGAGUACCACUGAAGAAUCACCACCAAGCUGGAACAAACAAGUAAAAGCAUUGACUCAAGUGCCCACAUGAUCACCACCGCCAGGGUACCUGCUGAUAAGCCAGUACGAAUUGCCUUCAGCCUGAGUGACUCCCCAGAUGAUGCUUCCUCUGAAAAUUUCCCUUUGGCAUUUCCAGAACUAGAUCAGCAGCUGCAGCCACUGCCUCCUUGUCAUGACUCUAAGGAAUCUAUGCAGGUGUACAAACAGCACUGCAAAAUAGCAGAAGAAUACCAUGAGGUCAAGAAAGAAAUUGCUCUGCUGGAAGAAAGAAAAAAGGAGCUGAUUGCCAGGCUGGAACAAGUGGAAAAAGAAAGCAUGGAUGCUGCUCAGCUGGCGAAGGAGUAUGCAGAACUGACAGAGGAGAACCGAACACUGAAGCUGGCCCAGACGCAGUGUGUAGAGCAACUGGAAAAGCUCAGAAUACAGUACCAAAAAAGACAGGGGUCCUCAUAACUCUCAACUAGCUUAUGUGAGGCAGUUACUACAGGAUUGGUCCUGUGCUGGAAAGAGAUUUUAAAAUAAAGGUCUGUUUAAUAUGUUAUAAUACUUUACUACAGAUACAGAGUAUGUAGAAGUCUAUAUUUGAUUUAAUGCUUGCCAGCCAGUAGCUUAAUAUAAUGGAUAUUUCAUCCAUUAUAUAAUGGAUAUUUUAUUUCAAGUAACAUAAUUGAAGUUAAUCUAUCCUCAUUAUAUGUUCUAGUAGAUCAGGUUUCCUUUCUAAACAUAUUUCUUCCAAUUUAAGAAGAUAUGGACACACUAGAAAAUGAUAUAAAUAGUCUCUGUGUUGGGAAUUUGGACCAUACUAAGGCAUACAGCAGGGACAAUGUUAAUAUAUGGAAUACAUGUAUCUUAAUUUUAGUUUGGUGAAGAUUUUUUUAAUUAUUUUCCUCAUGCCUAAAGUGUUUGGAAGUUAUCUUAACACAGAUCUCCUCACUGGUAAAAAUUAUACUUCAUUAUUCCAUGUCAACUUUACAUUGUUGUAUAAAAUCUGAGAAAUUGCACAUUAAAAAUUGAAGUAACAUAAUUAUUUUUUAUCAAACAAGUGUACUGGCAGUAAUAGUUUGCAAGUUAUGAAAUUAAAAGGAAGCAGAUAAGAUCAACCUUUCCUUCCUCAAGCAUAAAGAUAGCUUGAAAGUCUCUUUAUUGUACUUUUUGGCAUGCAAGAAAUGAAAAAUUAAUAUAUGAGUAUCACAUCAUAGUUUCCACUGAGAAUAUGUCAGUAAAAGUACUGUGAGGAUAUUUUGUUCUUAUUUUCCCAUCUGUUUUGAAACAUAAGUGGCUGUAAGUAGGGACAGGAGUUCCAUGAUACACAAAUGACCUGGAAGUAAAAUGUUAGUUUUACUUGCUCUAUUUAUCCCUGUAUUUUCCUAGAUCAACUGAAAAUUCUUUGUUAUACUUCCAUUUCUAUUCAUACAGUAUUUUUUUCAUUAAAAGCGGAUAUAGAAAAGCCAUUUUAUGUUCUGAAUAUUCUUAAAUCACCCUGUAUUUUUAACUCUGCUUGCAGAUGCAGCUUGUUACAUCUUCAUGAGGUUGGAAUUCAACUUGAUGUGUCAUUAGUACUGAAAUGUGUCUUAGUAAUUGAAAACUGGGAACUUAAGAUUUCUGCCAGAACUUUUGCUUUGAUUAUUAUCACUAAUCUAUUAAAAAAAUGGGAUUUUAUUUUAAUCAGAACAAUUCCUGGGAAAGUCUUUUGACACCAAAAUGUUCCCCUGUAAUUCCGGCAGCAAAGGUGACAAAAAAUACAAGAUGCCUUUUAUUUCUCUGUGAUAACUACCUACAGUAUUCCCUGCAGAUGAAAACAGUCUCCGCAUUACUACAAGCACCUGACACUGCAGUAGGAGAGUAUGAGGAGGUAGCGGGAGAGGACAGCCUUGUCUCCACUUCUCCUGCUGAGCUGUAGGGGCAGGGGCACUGCUUACUCCCUUACCCUGGCCACUGUGGAGACACAAAAGGAAAUCACCCACUCUGAGGCAUGUGCUUUCUGCUGGGAUGCUCUGCAGGCAGUAUAACGCUGUAUUUAUUCCUCUUUCUUUGUUAUCUGAGGGUCCAAUUUGCACUGUAUCUUGUGAAAGUUGAAGAGAAAAAAACCAUAAUGAAUAAAAAACACUUGGGAUAGCAA